UCCACCCGGAAGGGCCACCUGAGCCGCCAAGUUGAGGCAGUGCGCGGCCCGGCGUCCCUCGGGAGCGCGGGCCCGACCGAGCCGCCCGCGUGGCGCCUAUCUCGCCCCGGCGCGAGGCGGGCCCGCGGGAGCCUGCGCGGCCCCGCGGUCGACGGCGCCUCGAGUGGUCCCGCGCGCGCGCGCGCGCCCCGCCCCCACCCGGGGCCUCCUCCCGCCUCUCGGGUCCCCGCACGACCCCGCCGACGGCCUGAGCUCUCCGCGCCCCCGGUGACGUCUGACACCGCGUAUCCGCCAUUACCUAGAUCCAAGAUGAACGGCGAUCAAGUUACACUGGUUGGUCAGGUGUUUGAGUCGUAUGUUUCAGAAUACCAUAAGAACGAUAUUCUUCUCAUCUUGAAGGAAAGAGAUGAAGAUGCUCACUACCCAGUCGUGGUUAAUGCCAUGACCCUUUUUGAGACCAACAUGGAAAUUGGGGAAUAUUUCAACACAUUCCCCAAUGAAGUGCUAACUAUUUUUGAUAAUGCACUGCGAAGAUCAGCCUUGACAAUUCUCCAGUCCCUUUCUCAGCCUGAAGAUGUGUCCAUGAAGCAGAAUCUUCACGCCAGGAUAUCAGGAUUGCCUGUUUGUCCUGAGCUGGUGAGGGAGCACAUCCCUAAAACCAAGGAUGUGGGACAUUUUUUAUCUGUCACUGGGACAGUGAUUCGAACGAGUCUGGUGAAGAUCCUGGAGUUUGAGCGGGAUUACAUGUGUAGCAAAUGCAAGCAUGUAUUUGUGGUCAAGGCCGACUUUGAGCAGUAUUAUACCUUCUGCCGGCCGUCUUCUUGUCCCAGCUUGGAGAGCUGUAAUUCUUCAAAAUUCACUUGCCUCUCGGACUUGUCUUCAUCUCCAACUAGGUGUAGAGAUUAUCAGGAAAUCAAAAUUCAGGAACAGGUUCAAAGGCUAUCUAUUGGAAGUAUUCCACGAUCAAUGAAGGUUAUCCUGGAAGAUGACUUAGUAGACAGUUGCAAAUCUGGUGAUGACCUCACUAUUUAUGGGGUCGUAAUGCAACGGUGGAAGCCCUUUCAGCAAGAUGUGCGCUGUGAAGUGGAGAUAGUCCUGAAAGCCAAUUAUGUCCAAGUAAAUAAUGAGCAGUCUGCAGGGAUCAACGUGGAUGAGGAGGUCCGAAAGGAAUUUGAAGAUUUUUGGGAAUACUAUAAGAGUGAUCCUUUUGCAGGAAGGAAUGAAAUAUUGGCCAGUUUAUGCCCUCAAGUUUUUGGACUGUACCUAGUAAAGCUUGCUGUGGCCAUGGUGCUGGCUGGUGGGAUUCAAAGGACCGAUGCUACAGGAACACGCAUCAGAGGUGAAUCCCAUCUUUUAUUGGUUGGGGAUCCCGGCACAGGGAAAUCUCAGUUCCUCAAAUAUGCGGCAAAGAUUACACCAAGGGCUGUGCUCACCACAGGGAUUGGAUCUACCAGUGCAGGUCUGACAGUGACUGCUGUAAAAGACUCAGGAGAAUGGAAUUUGGAGGCUGGGGCCUUAGUGCUUGCAGACGCAGGCCUUUGCUGUAUCGAUGAGUUUAAUAGCCUCAAAGAGCAUGACAGAACCAGCAUCCAUGAAGCAAUGGAGCAGCAGACCAUAAGUGUUGCUAAGGCUGGCCUCGUGUGCAAGCUGAACACAAGGACCACCAUCCUUGCAGCAACUAACCCCAAAGGCCAGUACGACCCCCACGAGUCUGUGUCGGUGAACAUUGCCCUUGGCAGCCCACUCUUAAGUCGAUUCGACCUGAUCCUGGUUUUGCUUGAUACCAAAAAUGAAGACUGGGAUCGUAUAAUUUCCUCCUUUAUCUUAGAAAACAAAGGUUACCCAAGCAAAUCAGAGAAGCUCUGGAGCAUGGAAAAGAUGAAAACCUACUUCUGCCUCAUUAGGAAUCUACAGCCCACACUGUCUGAUGAGGGUAAUCAAGUUCUCCUCCGGUACUACCAGAUGCAAAGGCAGAGUGAUUCCCGAAACGCUGCCCGGACCACCAUCCGCCUGCUGGAAAGCUUGAUACGAUUAGCAGAAGCUCACGCUCGCCUGAUGUUUCGUGACACAGUGACUCUGGAAGAUGCUAUUACAGUGGUGUCAGUAAUGGAGUCCUCCAUGCAGGGAGGUGCACUGCUAGGAGGUUUGAAUGCACUCCACACUUCCUUUCCUGAAAACCCUCUGGAGCAGUAUCAGAGGCAGUGUGAACUUAUUCUGGAAAAGCUGGAGCUGCACAACCUCUUGAGUGAAGAGCUAAGAAGACUUGAAAGGUUACAGAAUCGGCGUGUGUAUCCGUCCCAGCCACGGGCAGUGGAAGCAGAGACAACUCCAGGGUCCCUGAGAGACGAUCCAGGGGAAGAAUCAGAGUUCAGAACAUCGACCCAGCAGGAAAUGAAUUGUAGCACACACCCAGCGCCUACGGGAGGCAGUCCUGGGGGAAGCCCACUUCUCGAUCCCCCGUCCCAUCUGGGGCCUAAUAGACGGACAAGGAGAAAGCAUUCAGCUGAGCACAGAAAUAGCCAAGAUGACAGUUUGGACUGGUUUGACUCCAUAGCAGCUCAUCCGAUUAAACCCGAAAACACUGUUCCUGUGUCUCCUAGUCCCAAAACAAGUGGGGGGGACAUGGCUUUGAAAAUCUCCAACAGCAAACCUCGGGGUAAGGAAAAAAGAAAGCCAGGCCAAAGGAGCAAAUUGGAAACUGGACCGCUGGCGGCAUCAGGAGAGACAGAAAUUCCAUUGAGGCCAGACGGCCUUGAGGGUGAAAAGGCAAAAAAGGCAGCAGUGGUUUCUGAAGCAGCAGUAUCUGCUGAUGAACCAGACUCCGUCCUGAUUCAUCAUGUCCCCAAGAAACUGCACACGCUGCGCAAGGGGGGGGCCCAGGAGUUGUGCAGGAACCCCUCCAGGCCGCCCUUGCAGCCCACAGGCCCUUCUCAUCCUCCGCACACUCCUGUACAGAGCCCAGAGAGAGUGCUGGAAACUCCCAAAAGAAAGAGGCAGAAAUCCCUUGCUCAGGUGCAAGAGCCCCACUUUGAAAGUGUUGAGAGUCCGGGUGCCCCUGUGGCCAAACUGGCAAAAUUUACUUUCAAACAGAAGUCAAAACUGGUCCACUCCCCUGAAGAUCGCAGCCACGUGUCUCCUGGCACAAGUGAAACAGCAGUUCAGAGUCCUGAAAUUCCCCAACAUAGAGCAAGAGGAGGAGCAGCUCUGCCUGGGAAGGGUCCAGAAAAGCUGGCCUCUACCUCAGGAAUCAGAAGCUCAGCUCAGCUGCAGGAUAGGACAAAGAAGGUGUCACGGCAGCCAGCAGACAAAGACGGACCAAGAGAGAAGAGAGAACGUGCCCCUGCAAAGGGAGCUGUCCAGCCUGAAUUGGAGCUUGAGAGUGACACUGGGCAUUUCCAUGUUCCUUGUGAAAGAGAUAGAAAGGAAGAGGUUUCGUGCCAUGAUAAAAGUGGCAGCGUUCAUGCUUGCACAUUAGCCAGAUUGGCAAACUUCUCCUUUACUUGCCCCUCUGAGUCCAAAUCAGAAUCCCCUCCUCCUCCUGAAAGGAAGAACCUGGGUGAGGGAGGCCCCAGCCCUCCUCCUGUGACCACAGCUACAGCACUUGGCAGGAAGAGGAAAACUUUUCAGUUGGAGGGAUCUACCAAGAGACUGAGUCUUUCCAAAACAUCUCUCUUCACUUUACCAGAACUAGAUGAUGAACCAUUAGAUUUUGAUUGGGAUGAAGAAAUGAGAAAAAAGCCAUAAUCAUGAAAAGCUUUCUGGUCAAGUUUCACCCUCCCCCACUGAAGCCAGCACCCUCAGGAUAUCAACCUAGCACUUGUGGAUGUACAGAACUGUUGGCCACAGUGGGCGCAAUUCUGAACACCAGCACCCCCCCCCCCCAAUCAGGUUUUAUAAAUUCAGGUUUAUCUUCAUGACUUGAAAAACUGUACAAUCAGUGUAGGUCAGUGUGAUACCAGCGCUUGAAUCAAAUUGAUGGAAAAUUGUGCUUGAUUUUGCAAACAUUGUACUUGUAUUCCCAAAAUGUUUCCAUCUGUUUUGUUUGGUUUUGUUUUGUUUUUAAGGGGGGUGGGUUUUCCUGAGAUCCCAACUUUCAUUCACUCAGGAGCAAAUGCCAGGGAGGUAACGCUCAUAAAGCUAACAAGUCAGAUGAACUCUUUUUCUGUUUUUUUCCUUCUUUUGUUUUUGUUUGUUUUUCUACCCAAGAUGUAAUGAGUGUGGUAAAUAUUUAUUAUAAUUUGCCAAAAUCGUGAUUUUUCUAAUUUUUCUGUAUUCUCGUGUGUCACAUUAAAUAUGACUAAAGCUUUUGUUUCUUUGA